UCCUUGCCCUCUACCUUUGCCCGAGCUGUCUCGCUGCGUUCUCUUCCGAAGCGGUCAGAUCUCCACCACCAUGUUCAGUAUCAGGGUAUUUCUACAAAAAAUCCUCAUUUUUUUGCAUGUCACUAUGUGUGCCGCCGUUGGUAAAACACUGCUGAUAUUGUUCCCAAAAGCUAUGAAAAGAUACAUCCUAAAACAGGGCGAAAGAAGCAGGAUGAAUGAAAAUCCAAAGUUCGAGUAUGAAAACUGGGGUCCAACUUUUUUCAGCUUCAAUUAUUUUCUCUUUGUGCUGAAAGUGAAGUGGAAAAGGCUGGAGGACGAAGCAUAUGAGGGACAUCCUGCUCCCAACACACCGGUGGUGACUUUCAACGGGGAAGUUCGUCACCUCUUCAAUUUCAUGCAAGAUAACCGACCAUUAAUCCUGAAUUUUGGAAGCUGCACCUGACCUUCAUUUAUGUUAAAAUUUGAUGAGUUCAACAUGCUCAUCAAAGAUUUCAGCUCCAUAGCAGAUUUCCUUAUCAUCUACAUCGAAGAAGCUCAUGCAGUAGAUGGAUGGGCUUUUAAAAACAAUGUUGUUAUUAAAAAUCACAGAAGCCUUGAUGAUCGAAGAACUGCUGCAGAGUUUCUUCAGGAAAAGAAUCCUUUAUGUCCAGUGGUUUUAGACACUAUGGAAAACCUGAGCAGUUCAAAAUAUGCUGCACUGCCAGAAAGAUUGUAUCUACUUCAAGGAGGGAAGGUCAUCUACAAGGUAAAAGAUAACAACAACAACGAGCACAAUAUAUUCAGAUUUUUAACUUUUAAAAUAAGUAGAGAAUGUCUUACAUUUUAUUUAACAGUCAGUAUUUCAUUCGGUUUCAUGGCUAAUAAUUUCACAUUUCACUGUAACUUUGCAGAGAAAAGCAUUAGCAACGAAACCAGCCUGGGCCUUUAUAACGUGCAUAUUUGAUGUACACCUCAGUCCUGCUCAAAUAUUUGUCCUCUGGUUGUUUAGAAAAACUAGGUAUGGCUAAACUGUGAGAUCCAGGAACACGUCCCAGCUCCAGGAUCAAGACUUUGGCCCAGUCCCAGUUACAGCAGGGUGUAACCUGUGCAUACACCAUCUCCCAUGCGACGGUUGCCGUGCAAAGGAAGCCCAAGCACACCUGCUCACAGCUCUGAUGCUCGAAAGGACUUCUGUGCUUUUCAACAUUACCAUAUAACCUUUUCCCUUUGCAGGGAGGAGUAGGGCCUUGGGAUUAUCACCCCCAGGAAAUACGUGCCAUCCUGGAAAAAAUGAAGUAAAAGAAGAAAACCAGGACUUCAGGGUAAAAACUAUCUGGAUGAAGAAGCUCAAUGAAUAUGUUUUUGUACACUAACUGUAAAAAAAAAAAAAAAAAAAAAAAAAAAAGCCAAUUUAACAAUAGAAACAACUAGAAAAAGAAUAAUGUGUGUGCAUCUAAAGUAAGAACAUCUGUAGUGUGGUUGAUCACGUAUUUGUCUAGAGGCUUUCAAGUCUCAUUGCUACAACCCCAGCUACUGCAUUAUAGUAUUCUAAUAUGCUUAUACCAUAUGCAGUAACAAAUAGUACUAGGGUCCAUUGAGCUGUCAAGAUUGGAUACCAUUUACAUCUUUAAGGAGUAUUGUAUAGGAAAGAAUUCCGGGUGGUGACGUCUGUAAAAGUGCACUCACAUACAAAACAACCAAUUUCAUAUGAUAUUAAUCAUAUUUCAUAUGAUUCCCUUUUGUAUACAUAUAAUUUUCCUAAAUGUUCACUUUCAAAGACUUCAGAAGGCUUCUGAAUAGGACAAUUUCUGUUAAUGUUUGUUUCUAUUAAUAUUUGUUAUGACAGUCAUAGCAUAAAGCACAGACAGCUAUGACCUGAUUUUAGAAAAUAUUUAUAGAAACAAGCGACUGAGCUGCAAUUAUUAAAAACUAUUAAAAAAUUUCA